ACAAAAGCUUCCUUCAAAGUAUUCUACAAUGUUCUGUAGAAUAUUUACCUUUCUGCGCUUUCCGAUUAUGCAUAAUUACUUUCCGCCUUCAGAGAGUCUGAAAUCAAAGAAAAGACAGAAGCGGUAUUUCAUUUCAUCGCUCGAUAUCAGCCCUGGUUAUAGAACACCUCAGUAUUUAUUUAAAUUGAGUGACCGUAGAUCGUCGAAAAGAGGCUAAAGAACCGGAGCACAUCUCGAAAAGGUAGAGCGGGGAUAUUAUUAACCAGCUGGUCGCUGACUUCACCACUGUGUUUACGGUGCAAUUUGCACGUGGCGCCACGUUCUCUCUUGGAAGCAUAUCCUUGAUUCAGAUCUUUUUCGCUUCUAUUCAGCAUGUUUAUGACAUGUGACUCAGAUGCAGCCGUAUUUAUAUUGAACGUGUCAUUAACAAGCACGUUUUGUCUUCGUCGCGAGUGUAAAAGCCUGAAGCCCGCCGUUGUGCUGCUUUUAGCCGUAAGUGAUUGGUGCGCUGUUGUUAUGAGAUCUUUUUAUCGACUUUCUCGCGAUAAAGACUUGUGGUUUGUUACCUCCUGCAUCUGUGAACAACCUCAAGUUCUGCUUCAAACAGGUAUUUUCGUGCUGAACGUAGUCGUCCUUAUAUUAAACGAUGACCUCACAGAAACGGGGCACUUCAUUAAACGCAGUUCUUACGUUCAUCUCCUUCUCUUCAAUUCGGCUUCAAUCAUUCUGGCAAAUGCAAUAACACGCGUGAUAACACAAGCUAUUGGUGAUGUUGAGGGAGCCCUGGAGUCGAGUUAUGUGUUUGGUACGUUUCUCCUUGGCGUUUAUAGAACAGUAUUUCUCUUCUUGGACUCGCUUUAUUUUACGUACGUGAUCAUCGGAGACAAGAGUAACAUAUGCAUGCACAAAUUAAGACUCGAGGAAAAGACAGUAAUCACCAUUAUCUAAGAUCACAGAAGCCUGUUCCAGGAGUUCAGUUAGUAAAACGAAGCGCGGUAGUGGAAAAAAGAGGAAGUUUGGAACUGGUCGCGUAAUGAACGACUCGACCCAAGCCCCUCCCUCCCGUUUUGGCUCGGCCGCUACUAUCGCGCCGUUUACACUCCGGUUUAUUCGCGGAAGGCCGGGAACAGGCCACGCUCAAGGAAAUUUGAAAUACUUGAACUCAAUUUGCUGUGAUCUUUGAAAUCUAAUGGCGACCUACCCGAGGAAAUAAUUAUGGGAAAGAGAGGUUAAUUUGGCAGCCAAAAGAUACGUACAGGUCUAGAUCUGUGGUCACUAGAGGAUGCAAUGAGAUUAUGUUGGCUCGAAUGGCUGUUGUGCCGAACUCCCUCGGCGCAGAUAUUAACUAGCACGUUGAGUGUUACUGUCUCUUUCUUUAUUUUUUCAAUCUUCCUUCCAUCCUUGUUAUAAAAAUUAUCAUUAUCGUUAUUAGUACUAUGAUUUCAAUUAUAAUUGUCAUUAGUUUUAUUGUAGUUUCUUCAAUUUCCGUUUUUAAUUUCUUAGCAUAACAAGGUGUAAUGUUGGGUAACAACAAUAAUUAGGAAAAGGCUUGGCACGCUUUCUAAAUUUUCUCUUCUCUCUCUCUCUCAUUUAUCUCCUUCCUCCCCCUCUCCCGUCAAUGUUUCCCAGUGUUGGUGUUAAACAAAUGAUCACCACCAGGUAACAUUGUUGGGGGGAAGGGCUGACUUUCAAAUAACUUUUUAGAUAGGAAUUACAGGAUUUUUUAUUAUAUUGAAUGGUGGAUUGUCGAGCACUUAAAAAGGAGAGCGUGCCUAUUACUUUUGCCAUACAUUGUAGUCUACCAUUAAAUUUCUGAAUGAUAAUCCCGCAUUUGAUAUAAAGUCAAAGAGACUGACUAAGAACUUGUCAAAUGAUAUCUGGACGACUUCGAAAACAUUUUCUCAAAAAUGUUUACCAUGUAAUGAAAAACAUGGAAUGGGGGAAUGUCAAGCAUAUAUUUUGAGGGAAAGUGAGACUACUUUUUCGUGGAAAUAACCGUAUCUGAAGCUUCCUCUGACUCGGUUGGAUUUAAAAAUAAUUGGAAAGAUGAUGACUUUUGAACUCAGUCAUAAAACGUAGCAAGAUGUUCUUCGUCUUACAACGACCAUGAGAAUCGAGUCUCCACCUUUAUGGCGGAUAGCGCGCACCGAAGCUCUAAGGUGAGUUUGGCCCUGAGAAGGUUCAUAUGCGUUCAUACGCGUCUUUCUUGCAGCCAGGAGACAGCAAAGUUGAAGGCGUCAAAUGAGUGGAGAGAAAAAGAAAUGUAGUAAGUUUCGAGAAUCUUUUCUUUCCACAUACUCGUGACGAGACGAAUAAUCACAUAUUUCUUCGUUAGCUGUCACUUGAAAACGAUGGAGGAAACAAAGGGAAUUCAAAGUGGGUUAGCUUUG